UUCCGGAACCAUUUUGUUGUUAUUUGAGAUAUAGGCCCUAGGCAGACAUAUUACAGAUUUGAAGAUAACGUUUUCUGCAACAUGGGAUAGACACGUCUGAUCUAAUCAUGGCUGACAACUUUCUCAUCGCUGUCAUCAGUAUUUUUCUCAUAUUAAUAGAGUUCUGCCAAGGGCAGAUUUGUAAAUAUCAUCACUUACAUGCAGACUGCUACUACAGAAUCGAUGGAAUUUGCCUCUCACACAUCACAGUCGACAUUAACCAAUGUGAUGAUCCAAUCUCGAUCAAUCUGUCUAUCACUUGCAAAAAUCCAGCAGUGGAUUGGAAAGCGUCGUUUAGUCGAGAGGUUGAUAGGAGGAUGGUCGGCGGGUUUGAUCAGGAAGUUUUCAUAACAGUACAACAAGGCUUCACAGACAACAAAAAGUAUCGAAUCAAUAUUGAUUUCAUCUCUGAAAAAACGGGAAGGGUUCAUUUCAUGGAUGAGAAGUUGGCUCUCAUAACAGAAGGGUGUGCUACUUUGAAUGACGCUGCUAAAGUGGCGGUGGGAGUUCUCAUACCGCUACUGGUUCUAUCGAUCGUAGCCCUGGUGGUGAUCAUCGUAAUCAGGAAAAGACAACUGAGGAAGCAACAACUUACACAGACAAUGUUAGUGAACAACUUAGAAGUUCCUUGUCCCUCCGACCUGCCAGGUCAGCUGGACAGAAGUGAGGAAACGGAUGCCAGUCAGGAGUCUUCCUCCAGUAGGAGUGUGAUUAAUGGAGAUGCUGUGGUUUUCUCGCAGCUUCCAAGGACGCAGAUCGUAAACGAAAACCCGACUUGUUGAUAACCGUCACUAUUUAUUGGAUUUUGUUUAUACAGAAAAUUAUCGUAGCUUCCGAGGACGCAGAUCGUAAACAAAAACCUUACAUGGUAAUAACCGAUGCUAUUUAUUGGAUUUUUUUUAUACAGAAAACUGUAUAAGAAGUCUGAUUCACUUCAAAGCUUAAACUAUAGGAAUACUUAAUAUCUUGAUGAUUUUCAAAUUAUACCACAUUUUUUCUCAAGACUCUACUGUUAUAUUUUUAGUAACAAAAAAAUUGAGGACGCAUACGGCUUAUUUGUGAACUACUUUUAUCUUAUUCUAAAAUCGAUAAUUCUGCAAUACAGUACUUCCCAUGAUGAGCUAAUGAUGGUGGAUUAAUGGUAUCUGCACAAGGAAGUAUAUUAUAUGCCUAUUUGUACCACAAUACCUUGUGUUAUUCCACUCUCAGGCCAUUGUAUAAAUGUGCUGACUGUUGGAUAUAUAUGUUAUAUUCCACAAGUGAGAAUAUAACCUUCCGGUCUUUUGAUUGGUCAAGAAUUCGAACUUUGACCUGAACUGCAAUUGUUAUUAACCUCAUCAGUAAUCAAACGGCAUACUGUAAAUCACUUAUAUUUCACGUGGGAUUUAUUUUCGCGUUAAUGCGCGAGGAGAGUCAAACUCAAAUUCAAAUCCCUCGCGAAUAUUUGUAUAAGAAUGACAAGAAUAAGUGACAUCCAUUUUGAAUCUAUCGUAAUCUUUAGUUGGUGAAUAGACAUCGUCGUUAAAGUAAUAAUAAAAUGAUAGAUUAGAUAAUCAUACCAGAAUGUAAUUCUAUAUCACAAAACAACAAACUUUCACGCAAAAAAUCUCGCUGAACACUAAUAUUGUAGUUGAACUCGGACUUAAUUACCUUCUAGACGACGUUUUAGUUAAUUCAAGUCCAGUAUUUACUGUCCCAAUGAUCCCGGAUGGUCACCCGGAAGACGUCGUACUUUAUUACCUGCGCUGUUAUUUAUGUAAACUUACAUGUAUGUUGUGAAAGCUUUGUAGCCGUUUCAGAAGAACACACAAUCUCUUGAACGCCAGAGUUUCUAGUCCAGGUGUUUAUUAAUAUGAGAUGGAAGCCUACAAUUAAAUAAAGUACUAAUAAUACCAAUGGACAGGAUAAUUGUAGGAAAUAAAUAGAUAAUAAGAGAUAGAGUAUACUUUUACAUGAAUAUUAUAAUAUAAAUGAAGAUAUUAUUACACUAUUAUAAUAUUACUACAUAUCAACAGUAUACUGGUUAGUCUGUCUUACCAGGUUCCAGGGGAUGACAGGCCAACCGCCCAAUUCCAUGCCAUAGGUACAAGUGAGAGUGCAAGGGAUUGAGGUGUGUGAGGGCAUGUGGCUGUGCAUGCGCCUUCGAGUAUUCUCGAGAUGCAUGCACAGUCACAGGUGAUUGAUACUCAUACAUUCCACUCUCUCAAUCAAGCGACACUAACAUGCACACAUGGACAGGCUAGGCCCGGAUUAUGUAUUGAGUAAUAUAUAUAA